UCCAUGAUGUCAUGUGUACUUGUGCGCAAGCGCAGUACGUAUUCCUAUUCAGAAUUCAAGAUGGCGCCUGGAGAUUUGAUGGAUCUAUCGGCAGACRACGCUAAUAAGCAGCAUAUUGCAGCAGUUACCCGGAAUUACAUCUCACAACCUAGGAUAACAUACAAGACUGUGUCUGGUGUCAAUGGUCCUCUUGUCAUCUUGGACAAUGUUAAGUUUCCAAAGUAUGCAGAAAUUGUAACUUUGACGCUCAACGAUGGAUCAAAGAGAAGUGGGCAAGUGCUUGAAGUUAGCGGCUCCAAAGCAGUUGUACAAGUCUUUGAGGGUACUUCUGGUAUUGAUGCCAAGCAUACGACGUGUGAAUUCACAGGGGACAUUCUUAGGACUCCUGUUUCUGAAGACAUGUUAGGCCGUGUCUUCAAUGGGUCUGGAAAGGCCAUUGAUAAAGGACCCUCUGUUCUGGCUGAAGACUUCUUAGAUAUUCAAGGUCAACCUAUCAACCCCUGGUCAAGAAUUUAUCCAGAAGAAAUGAUCCAAACAGGAAUAUCAGCCAUUGAUACAAUGAAUAGCAUUGCCCGAGGACAGAAAAUCCCUAUUUUCUCUGCAGCGGGUCUACCACAUAAUGAGAUUGCUGCCCAGAUUUGUCGUCAAGCUGGCCUAGUCAAAUUCAAGAAGGGUGUAGUUGAUGAUCAUGAAGACAACUUUGCCAUUGUGUUUGCUGCUAUGGGAGCCAACAUGGAAACAGCUCGAUUUUUUAAACAAGAUUUUGAGGAGAAUGGCUCCAUGGAGAAUGUAUGUCUCUUCUUGAAUCUGGCAAAUGAUCCAACUAUUGAACGUAUCAUUACUCCUCGUCUUGCAUUAACAACUGCAGAAUUCUUAGCUUAUCAAUGUGAGAAGCAUGUCUUGGUUAUAUUGACAGAUAUGAGUUCAUAUGCAGAGGCUUUGCGUGAAGUUUCUGCUGCUCGGGAAGAGGUUCCUGGUCGCCGAGGAUUCCCUGGUUAUAUGUACACAGAUUUGGCAACAAUAUAUGAGCGUGCAGGGCGUGUUGAAGGACGCAAUGGCUCUAUCACUCAGAUYCCAAUUCUGACUAUGCCUAAUGAUGAUAUCACUCAUCCUAUUCCUGAUUUGACUGGAUAUAUUACAGAAGGCCAGGUUUACGUAGAUCGUCAACUUCACAAUAGACAAGUUUAUCCUCCMAUCAAUGUACUUCCAUCUUUAUCAAGAUUAAUGAAGUCUGCUAUUGGUGAGGGAAUGACAAGAAAGGAUCAUUCAGAUGUUUCUAAUCAAUUGUAUGCCAACUAUGCCAUUGGAAAGGAUGUACAAGCAAUGAAAGCAGUUGUAGGUGAAGAGGCUUUGACUUCUGAAGAUUUGUUGUACUUGGAGUUUUUGACAAAGUUUGAAAAGAACUUCAUAACACAAGGAACAUAUGAAAAUAGAACAGUAUUUGAAUCRUUGGACAUUGGUUGGUCUCUUCUUCGUAUCUUCCCAAAGGAAAUGUUGAAAAGGAUUCCACAAAGCACUUURGCUGAAUAUUAUCCAAGAGACUCUAGGCAUUAGAUAAAGUGAUAUGACAAUAAUCAGGAAUUACAGCAGAUUUUAUAGCAUAUGACAUGCAUACUUCAAGGGGGAAUAAUUGGAAAUGAUAUGUUUAGACAUCAAAAUUUAUUGAAAUUCAACCAAAUGCAAAGGUUGAUUCRUGAAUUUGAAACUUAACUAUGUUUUGGGGAAUUUCAAAGUGAAUCAGUUAUGAUUUUAAGGGUACAGUUUAAAUGUUUAAUCUGCUCAGCUUAGGCUACCCUGGUACUGUAGAAGAUAUACUAUGAAAUAUCAACCAAACUGCAUACACUAUGUACAUUAUCUUUUUGAUUGGUCUCAACAAAAUUGUAGACAAUGACAGUUGAUUCAGGCAGAGUGAUCACACUUAAACCGUGCAACUGUACAAACUAAAUAGUACUAUUUAGUUGCAUUUAGUAAAUCGUUAUGCAGUACACAAAUUAUAUUGAAUUGAUACGAAUGAAGCAUUCAAUACCGUCUUGCUUCAGGUCCACUUUUAGUAUGAAUUAGUACUACUUAAAUUUUGUACAAUUGCACAGUUUUAAGUGCAAUCACUCUAAUACAACAAUGUAGUGCUAACAGAUGGAAACACUAGACGCCAACAAAGUGACUUUACUAGSAACUAUAGACUACAGUGUUAUAGGCAACAGACAACAACAGAAGACAUGGAAGUGACUUCAGACUGACUCAGGGUAAUACCGUAUACAUUUAACAAUGAUGGACUUUGAAAAACUUAUGGACGUGAGAGUAAUCUACAUUGAAUACUAUGAAGUUCUCUUGUUGAACCAUAGCAAAGACUACAGAGGAAUAGGCUGUGCAGUGAUGUAAGAUUGAUUUAGAUUAAUCCAUAAUAAUUAUGCAGGUUUAAACUUGUUGAUGAGAUACURCUCUAAUUCAUAACAAACAUGCAUUUUUAAUCUGCUGAAAUGUACAAAAACAAAUGUAUUCUAUCUUUGACUUUAUUAAAUUUAUUCAUUGACGAAGAAAAACUGUUGAAUAUUAUAAGACCAUCCUUGGAUUAGAGUAAUAUCAGUUUUCUGUUGAACAGCGAAUAUCUAUAACACAUCAMYUUGUUACAUUUUAUUUAAUUUAGAAAUAUUUUAGUAAUAUUACUGCUUUUAACAGUUUAA